AUCCCCUCGUGUUUGAGUCAACAUGGCCCUUCCCAUGAAGAAGUCCGUGAUGAAGAGCAUGAAGGCAAUGAAAAAGACCACCGCGAUGAAAGCUCGAGUGAUGAAGAAGAAGGCAGUGAGCAAGAUUGCUCGAGGAAAGUCGGCAAAGGCCGUGGUCUUCAGGGGCAGCAAAGAGAAGACUGCAACAGGUUUCAAACAGACAGACUUGUUGAAGAACAAGCGUAACAAGGUUGUGACCAAGAAGCAGCAUGCUGCCGGCAAGAAAGCCUACAAGAACAUCUCCGCUUGGACCACCGCAGUGACAAAGGCCAGGAAGGAGUUGGGCAUCAAAGGCUUCUGCGCUGUGAAUGGUAAGACAGCGCAGGGCAAGGCUCUCUAUGCCAAGGCCAAGGCCAUCUAUGCCGCCUGAACGGUUGAGAGAUGUUGAGAGAAAUCGGCAGUUCCAACUUGCGUGGUAGUUCACGGAGCAGAGAACUUGCCUUGACUUUCUCUGUUGACGAACUGAGCUCGGCAUGUACAGCUCGUUUAGCCGAGCCAUUCCCCGCCUCAUCCAUAGUGUGAGGACUUUGCGCUGGC